AUGCUCAGUACGGAAGACAACAUCUUUGUGAUCAUUGUAACUGGAGAAUUCAUAAUAGGAAUGUUGGGGAAUGUAUACAUUGGACUAGUAAACUGGAUUGACUGGAUUAAGAAGAAAAAGAUCUCCUCAAUUGACUAUAUCCUCACCAGUCUAGCCAUCUCCAGAAUUUGUUUGCUCUGUGUAUUGAUACUAAGUGGCAUCAUAAUGGUAUGCUACCCAGAUUUUUAUGAAAAUGAUAAGCUACAGGGCGCCUGGGCAGUCAUUAGUAUCUUCUGGACACCCACCAACUACUUAAGUACGUGGUUUGCCACCUGCCUCAAUGUCAAGAUAGCCAAUUUCUCCCAUCCACUUUUUCUCUGGCUAAAGAGAAGAACUGACAGAGUGAUUCACUGGAUUCUGCUGGGUUGUUUGGCCAUUUCCCUUUUGAUCAGCCUUAUACUAGCAACAACACCAAAUUAUGAUUAUGAGUUUCAUAAAAUUAUAAAUCAUAAAAGAAACUGCACUGAAAUGUUCCAUGUGAGUAAAAGUCAAUACUUCAACCCUUUGACUCUCUUUAACCUGUUGGCAAUUGUCCCAUGUACUGUAUCAUUGAUCUCAUUUUUCCUUUUAAUUAUGUCCCUGUGGAGACAUAUCAAGCAAAUGAAACUCAGUGUUACAGGCUGUGGAGACCCCAGCACAGAGGCCCAUGUGAGAGCCAUGAAAACUAUGACUUCAUUUCUCUUCCUCCUUUUUGUAUACUAUGGGGCUUCUCUUUUGGCGACUUUUAGCUACCCUAUGAAAGAAAGCAAGUUAGCUGUGAUGUUAGGAGAAAUUAUAGCAAUUCUCUAUCCUUCCGGUCAUUCACUUCUUUUAAUUAUUAGAAAUAACAAGCUGAGGCAGACAUAUAUCAGGAUGCUGAGAUAUGGGAGAACAGUCUGCAUGAUGUAA